UGGUACAGUUCCAAAUUCUCGUGUGUACGCGCAUAUUCCCCAUGGUGUCAAAAUGGCUGAUGAAUAUGUUGGAAUUAACCCUUCCGAUGUGACAUUCCUUGAGUUAUUGCAAGAGUCCAAGAAUUCUGCUGUCUUCAAGGUCAGAGUUCGCGGAAGGAUGUGCGUGAUGAAAGUAUACCAUGAUAGGGGCCUAUCUGAAUGUGACCCCCCAGAUUAUGACGUGAAUCUCUUUUCUCGCGAAUCCUCCGCUUAUCGACGCAUGAAAGAAAGGGGCUUAUACAGACAAGGGGUUGUUCCCGACUUCUAUGGUACGAUAACACAAAUACAACCGACUCUCUGGCCAAGUCUGCAUAUGUUUCUUCAGGACAAGUUAGCUCCGAAUGCCGUUCUCAUUGAGUAUAUACCGGACGCACAGCAAAUAGACCUAUCCAACUUCUCGAAAGAUUAUCUUGUUCAACUUCGCGAUAGUCUUUACAGUAUCCACCAAGCAGGAGUCCUUCAUGGCGACCCCAAACCGAGAAAUAUGAUAAUAUCUCGCAAACAGAAUAGAGUGCUCUGGAUUGAUUUUGAUUCUGCCCAAACAUUCUCAGGCAAUCUUUCACCAAGGCAAAAUGUGUGGUUCAAGGAAGAGAAUGAAACGAUGGAGUACUUUAUCAAAGCUUUGACUCAAGAUCAUGUAGACGGUAGGCUGAGCCGUGAAUAUUCUUAUUAUUAUGGUUGGUUCCCAUGUUAG